AUGUCGCCCCAGAACUUGACUCAAUCUGCCGAUUUGUCCAAACUCAACAUCAAAGGCACCCAGGAUGACACGCCAGUUUCGCAUGCUGACGUCAUUACGCCAGACCCUCCUGCUUCCCCUGCCAAGGUAUCACGUGAACGGGACGAGGAUCCUUCAGAUGAACCUGUCGCAAAACGAGCAAAGACGGAGAGCCAGACCGAUACAGCGGAAGACUCCAUUGGAGUUGCACAAGUAUUGUCUCCAGCUCCCGUCAACUCGACAGACAGCCCGGCAGAUGAGAUCCCCGACGACAAGCGUAUCACACAAUACCAAAGCAAGGAAUUGCGAGCUAAGAUUGGCAACAUCAAGAAGACGAAGAGCGGUAUGAACUUCCGCCAAUCAGUGGAAAAGCUAUGGCCAGGGAUUUGGCCCAACUACAAAGCACUGGUAGACUCGCCAGUUGACCUGACUUUAUUUGAGGCCAAGCUUCGCGAAGACAGGUAUUCGAACUAUGGAGAGUUCAAGGCGGAUGUGCGACUUUUGUAUGAGAAUGCUCUCAAGUUCAAUGGCGCCGAUCAUAUCGUGACAAGAGCCGCCGGCCAAGUAAGAGAAAAGAUACUGGUGGAACUACCGGCAAUCGCCAAGAUGGGAGAGCCCACCAAGUCCGAUAAAAACAAGAGCCAAACCACGCGCCAUGCUGAGCCCAGGUCGACGCACCACGCACGAAACCAAUCGCACUCGCAACCCCGGCCUGCGGCUGCGGCUCCAAAGCCAAAGCCUGAGCCGGCGGCAGCUACACCGGUGGGCCCGCCAACGCCCGCCUCAUCCACUGCACCUGCGUUUGCCCUUCCACCCAAUGGCGUCCCACAGAUACGACGAGACUCGACCCGUGACGAUGGAGACCGCCCGAAGCGUCCUAUCCACCCCCCCAAAAGCCGUGAUCUCGACUACCACAAGAAGGGCAACCGCAAGAAGUUGGAACCUGAGAUGAAGUUUUUCAAGGAGGUCUUGACCGAGGUGACAAAGGGCAAGUACUGGACGUGCAACCAAUGGUUCACGUACCCAGUCGACCCAGUCGCUCUCAACAUUCCUACCUACUUCAACGUUAUCAAAAAGCCUAUGGAUCUCCAAACAAUGGCCGACAAGCUUGAAAACGGUGAAUACCGCAAUGCGAAGGAUCUAGAAAAAGACAUGAGACAGAUUGUCACCAAUUCGGUGACAUUUAAUGGCGAAAAUGACGUCACGCGGGCGGCCAGAGAGCUCGAGAAGCUUUUCAAUGACAAGCUAAGCGACAAAGAUGCUUGGAUGGCUCGGAAUUAUCCUUCAGCGCCGGCCCCCGCAGCAAGUCCUGACCCCAGUGCUCAUGAUUCGGAGGAAGAGAGCGAAGCCGACGAGGAGGAAGAAGACAAUGAGCAGAUCCGCAGUAUAGUGGCUAGGAUGGGCGAAGAGCAGGGCAAGCUUUCAACUCUCCUGGGGUCUAAGAAGCCUGAUCUCAUGAUGAUUGAGAUUCAGCAAAAUGUGGUCAACAUGCUGCAACGUAAGUUAGUAGAGGAGAAGUCCAAAUUUGCCGAGACGAAGAAACCGAAAACGAAGAAGAAGACGCCGAAGACGAAACCCAAGCCAAGCGCAGGUGCCGGCCCAGCUGCGAGUGGUAGUAAGAAGUCGACUGGUGGUUCUACUGCCAACAAGAAAGCAUUGCCGACCAACAAGAAGCCUGCGCCUAAAAAGCGGACCAUCGGACCACUCGAAAAGGCCGUCAUCGCCGAGGGCAUCAACGAACUUGAUGGGCCGAUGAUCAACAAGGCCGUUGAGAUUAUCAAGAGAGAUACCAACCAGAAGGAGGAUGAUGAUGGCCAACUGGAGUUAGACAUAGAACUGCUAUCCCAUGACGCCCUCAGCAAGCUCUAUGACCUGAUCAUGAAGGCUUAUCCGUCCAUCUAUGCGUCGGUGUCGCAGAGACUGGAAUACAACAAACAGGAGGAGCCUGCGCAACAGUCCAAACCCAAGAACGGCAGUAGUGCUGCUGCUGCGGGCAGCACUGCCUCGAAGCCCAAGAAGAACAAGCCCAUGAACAAACAUGAGCAAGAGCGAAACAUUGAGAAGCUCCGUGAACUCAAAGCACAAUUCCAACGCCAAGGCAGUGGAAGUCAGGAGCCUCAGCCCGGUGAUGGGGAUCAAACGCGAACUGGCGAGUCGAGUGAAGAGGAGAGCGAUUCCGAAGAGGAAUAA